AUGGUAUUUUUGGGGGUGGCUCCACAGUCGUUCUCUACUCCAAGCUGGCAGAUUGAGAAACAGUAUUCGACCAGAGUGCUCACUGGAAACUGGCUGGAAGAGAGGGGGAAGUUCAUCAAAGCCACUGAGAAGACACCCCAGAGCCUUUAUAGAAAGGAGUACGUCCCCUUCCCCGGCCACAAGCCUGAUCGGAUCUCCAGGUGGUAUAGGGAGAGGAAAAAUGAGGGGAUCCCGUACAAACACCUGAUCACCCACCACCAGGAGCCCUCCCACCGCUACCUGAUCAGCUCUUAUGACGACCAUUACAACAGGCAUAAUUACAAUCCGGCCUUGCCCGCUCUCCGCACCUGGAGUAGACAGAAGUUGCUGUGGCUUCCAGAGAAGGUCGACUUCCCCCUUCUUGCUCCGCCCACAAACUAUGGACUCUAUGAGCGUCUGAAGCAGCAGUGGAUGCUCCCCAAGACUGGCUGGAGGGAGAGCGUCUACACUUCCUCCUACCCCAGACUGCCCUUGAGCGCUAUGUCCAGGCGGGAGCAUGCCAUCCCCGUGCCUCCCCCUCGCCUGAAGCCACACUUCUGA